AUGGCGGACUCUGCUCGACGACCUCUUCCAGCUCCUCGACCAUAUGGAGUUCGAUCUGCUGUAGCACGUCCAGUCUAUGGAGCUAGACCCGCGAUAAGACCAGCUGCUAGUGGUGCAGGUCUUGGUGGCGCUCUUGGAGCAAUUGGUGGCACUCUCGGGUGUCUAUUAUGUUUAGCAGCUAUUGGUGCAUUGGGUUUAUUUGCAUGUUUAAUCGCCAUCACAGCCUAUGCUAAGCAAUUUUUGGAUGCAUACAAAAGAGUGGAAGGUAUUAGUGGUGCAUAUGGACAAGCACAAGUUGGACUUGUUCUCCUUUUUGCUUCAUUGUUUUAUACCAUUGUCUGCCGCAUGCAACGCUGCUAA